ACCAAAGCAAUUCCAUUCCAAGCUCAUCCAUUUCCAUGGGCUGAACCCACUAUAAAACCAGCUUUGCUUCUCACAAUUUGGCAGAUACCCAUUAAUUCUCUACCUUCAAAGCUUCAGCCUUCAGCAGCGACUAGAACAGAAAAAAAAAAACAAGAAGAAGAAAAGAAGAAGAAGAAGUCAUGGAAGGCCUGAUUCCUUAUCUCCUCCAUGCAAUGAAGAAACAAAGGCCUCAAAACAGCUGCAGGUCUUUCUCUGCAAGCUCAAGCCGUAGCUACCAUUUGUUACUCAGCGGCGGGGACUCCUUCAACGGCUCUUCUCACAGGCGAACCAGGUCGGAGUUCCAGCCACCAAGUGUGGAGUUUUUGGAGCAACGGUCUGGUCUUGAUGGAUAUCUCAAUUCAAGCAGCUUGAGAAAACGGUCGGUGAAUUCUCCCUCAAUGGCUGCAGCUGGUUCAAAGCUUACUUCUUAUAAUAACAAAAAUAAUAAUCUUCACUAUGGGAAAAAUAAUAUUUUCUCAUCUCAGCCAAUGAAAGGUACUUCAAAAUGAAAGACAUUUGUGAAUUAUUUUUUGUAUUAAUUGUAUUUUAUAUUUUUUUAAUAUUAAAUGUUGCAAGAUAAAAUUAUAUUUUAUUAUGAUUAGGAUAGAUAUGUGGUGGAAUUAAUUGUACAGUUGAUGGAAAUUGUGUAUUUGAUUGUUGAAGUUCUAUGUUUUCCUUGGCAAAAUGCCAAUUAAUAAAUAUAUUGUAUCCUAUUUUUUCUUU